UUGAUAAUUUGAUAUUGGACAAAUUUUACGUGUUAUUUAAAACAGAGCAUUUAUAUACGAAAAAAUUGAAGUCAGAAAUAAAUGUGGUUCAUGACGAACUCUUACUGUCAUACACAAAACUUCAACAAAAUAGAUAAUUAAAGUAUAUUUAGAAAGAUGACAGAAAUAGGAGAGGAGGAUUUAGAAAAUUGCGGUUUAAAAGUAAAUGCUAAUGAGUUACUUGCUUUCCAAAGAGACUUGAAACAAGAAAAGGAACUACUUCAGAAGAUACUGGUAAAAAUUGACGAUCAAGUACACAGGUUGCAGGUGGAACAACUUAAUUUAUUAGGAAUAAUGAAUAAAUCAUUAAAAGGAACAAAAGAAAGGUCCCCUAAACAUGAGUCAACAAGUGACAACCAAGAAAAUACUACGAAUAAAUUCUUGGACUUAUCUGUAGCUUCUGCUUUUGACUAUUUUAAAGAAGAAGUUGAAGAUGAAGAUGACGAUGAC